GAACGCCAUCUGUCAAAUAGCUAUUCUGCAACCUAACCUAACCUAACCUGAUGUGUCUGAAAGAGAUAAGACGCGGUGACGUGCACCUGUAUGCUGAAAUUCUAUUUCAACGAUCAAAAAUGCGUGGUGUGCGAUCAAAGAUCACAUAAUAAUUUAUCUUGCAUUUCCCGUCCGAUCACAAGAAUUCACUCUCGACGAUACUUUUCAAUUUCUCCAUGUUUUGGGGACUGAACGUAACCUUCAAAUUAUGUACGGAUAGCAACAUUCUUACGAGGAAUGUCUAAGUAUUUAAUUCAGAGGAACACGAUAUUUAAUUAACGAACAGUCAGCACUGUGUACAGUGUCAGAAACUCCUAUACGCAAUGGGAGAGAUAAACGUGUGCUUUCAAAUUGAUACUGACAAUCGUGAGAACUUCUCAUCCUCUAUUGCAUUUCAAACCUUUAGAAAGCAAAGAGAUGUAUUUUAUGACAUAUUACGGAUUUGGGAGGAAAAUCAUUUAGUAUCAGGAUGGGUGUUUCAAAUUGCACUGGGUAGCAAAAUACGAUCUAUGUUGACGUUACACAAUGAUUCCACUAAUUAUUAUCACAUUGCUAGAUUAUUUAAAUCUCAACUACUAAUAUCGUGUAUACAAAAUGGACAUCAGGAUGACAUGGUGGAUGAUGAGAGUUUAAAUUUCUUGAAAGCCUUAAAACAUGUUAAUCCUGAAAAGUUGACACAACUCAGUAAAAGAUUCGUGACUCCCUUGCCGUCACAAAGUCACAAUGUUGGUCCUUCGUUUCCUGGAAUACAGGAAUUUUUUAAAGAUUUUAUAUUACAUGCAUUUAACCCAAUAUUUUACUCUCAUCUAGAGAACUGUUUUGUCCAUGAGAUAAUGGAGCUAAAUGAUAACCAAUUUGCUAACAGUGAAAUAGAAGAUUCAGAAACAAUGGUUGAUGAACAAACACAGCAGAAUUUUACUACUUGUUUAUCCAGUCUAAGGCUUCUUGCGAAAGUAUUAGGACUUUUAGUGUCAUUGCCAUAUAGAUUUGAAUCUACUACCAAGGAGAUAAUAAUGACACAAGUAGAAAUAAGAAGCAAGGUUUUACCGUCGUUAAAUUUACAAAUGUGUCUUCAGAACGCCAUAAUCGAGGGAAAGCUCUCCUUGACGAUACCCUGGAUAGUGAAGUAUUUAGCCAUGAUGGACGCAGUAUCACUUCGGUUACCAUACUACAAGCAGGUUUCAGAACUACUGUAUUGCGUUUACUGUGCUAUUAAUCACACCGAUUUCUCUACUUCCGACUGUCUAAUCUCUCAACAAGCGGCUGUGCUAUUAAAGUCCAGUCUGUGCUGGCUAUUCGAGUUGCCACACUUCCCCAAGGACUUUUAUAUUAUUUGGCAGAAUACUUGCAAGAUCAAGGAUUUAAAAACUCUCAAACAAAUGGAGAAGUCUUCCGUUCAGAAAAGGAACUCUCCUUGUGUCACCGACUGUACAAUUUCCGUCAAAUGUAGUUUAGAUAAACUGGAUAUAAUCACUGACAGAACAAUGCGCAUGUGUUGCCCACGAACAGAAUCGACGAUUUCUGCGUUCAACGGCAAUGGAAUGAAUUUGAGUAUCAGUUCCAAUAAACACGUCACCCCUGUCACCAGUCAAUUGCGCAAACUUAAUGGUAGCACACGUGCCAAACACUUAGAGCUCCAAUUGGAAGAAGCUUUCUUUCAUGGUCAACCAGCUUCCACCCGAAAAACCGUCGAUUUCGUCUCUGACAGGGUUGCGUCGACCUGCGUGAAGCACAUAUGUAAUACGAUGCUGUCUUCCUCGCGAGAAGCUAAUUUGACUUCUUUUCGGCAAAUCUUGAAAAAAAUGCACGUUAAGAGAGAUUCUGAAACACAAAGCGAAUCAUCUGUGAAUACGAUUAAGGAAUUUAAGGAUCUUCUCGCAAGCGACAUGAGUACUUUAGCCCAUAAUGUGUCAAAGGAAUUGAAAGAACAAUGCGAAAAAACGAUUCCGUUAAUUUGCGAAGCGCGAGUCGCAACGUCGAUAGAGUCGCUACUUGCGGAAGACUCUUUGACACCGGUUAAAGAGAUGUGUAUAAAGAUUACAACUAGAAUGGCUAUGGAACGGAUAUAUCAAUGGAUCCAAUCGCACAUCGUCGGUGGUUCUUUAUUCAUAAAGGACAUGGAACUCGAGAUCAACAGGUUUCUUCGGAAUAGCAGUCCGAUGCACACCAAGCAGGAGAAACAUCACAAUUCAGACGCUCCUAGUCCUACUAUUGUAAUAGAUGAGCUCAGAGAAUUAAUAUGGAAUAUGGUGGAUAAUCAAGGCGAGGAUAUAACUAUGUCUUCGGUAUUGGAUAUUUUAGACAAACUGUACUGUGCAUUCAAUCAAAGGGCUGAUCUAUUACCGGGACCGGAAAAAGUCUUAUAUAAUCUCAGUAUCGACUUCUCCCUAUUUUUAGUUGCAUACAGAACGGAUCUCUUCGCACGAGAAGUACAAGAUAAAUUAAUUAAGAUAUGGUCGUUAGACUGUUUGUGUGCGAAAGAUGACCAAGCUGACUCGCCUAUGCAUAGAUUGUUUUGUCCUAGAAAUAUCAUGUUGCUUGCGCAGCCGGAAAACGACACGAUGUGGCCAAUCUAUGGUAAAUUUUUGAGAAGAUUGCUAGAAGCUAAGAUACUUGAUGGAGACAGUCUGAGUGAUCAAUGUGUAGCUUUGUUUAGGCAAGACUGGCCCGUGCCUUUGUUAAAAUUGAUAUCAAAAUGUCUUACUGAAGCCAUCGAGGGUUACAAAGCUACCGAUGAGGCGACAGAAAAAAUCAAGUAUCUCCUAGGCUGGAUAGCAGAAACAUAUCACGAGAUUGAAUUUUGCAACGAGUACGACGAAUGAACUGAGCCAUGACGGCUAGCUACGAUAAGAAAGUACGAAUUGUUGAAAGAUCAUUUAUUGUAAAUAAUACUUUAUUAUUUCUUGUACAUGUAUAUUGUGUAAAUUUUACGAUUUGAAUUUUUAACUUUUGAUUGAAAAACAUUCUCGUUAUUCUGUAUAGUACACACACGCGACGAGAAAGAAUUUUACGAAUAAGUAAGAAUAUAUUCUAACGUUUUGUAUUCGAUGGUUAUCGAUCGAAAUAUACGUUAUAUUUUUCGCUAAA